AACCUGAUUGGGCUACCUCUGAACCAAUUGGACAGUAGUCUCAGAUCCAACUAAUUCAAGAGUUUGAAAGCUUUGGGGAAUUUUUGUGGGGUUUCCAGAACUAAACACCAGUGAGUGCAGGAAGUGGGGAUUUUAAAGCCUGCAGUUUAAUUUACUCCACAAUCCAAAGGAUGUCAGCGCAUUUCAACAAGGGCCCUGCAUAUGGGCUGUCAGCGGAGGUGAACCGUAAGAUUGCCCAGAAGUACGACCCACAAAAAGAUGAGGAUAUUCGGAGAUGGAUUGAAGAUGUCAUUGGAGUCUCUCUUCCUGAAAGCUUAAUGGAGGGGCUGAAGAAUGGAAUUGUACUGUGCAACCUAAUAAAUAAACUACAACCUGGCUCCGUGAAGAAGAUUAGUGACUCCCCACAGAACUGGCAUCAGUUGGAGAAUAUCGGAAACUUCCUCAAAGCAAUCACAAAAUAUGGUGUGAAGCUUCACGACAGUUUUGAGGCCAACGACUUGUAUGAGAAUUGCAACUUGACCCAAGUUCAGACCACACUCAUGGCCCUAGCCAGCUUGGUGAGUGCCUCUACAGUGACCACCUUAAUCAAAAUGCUCUGCAACUAUUUAAUAGAACCUCUGACCCACUCUUCUCUUGCGGCUAAGGUAAUCUCUUAUUUCACACAGGCAAAGACGAAAGGGUACCACACCAAAACGGAUAUUGGUAUCAGAUAUGCAGAGAAGCAGCAUCGCGUUUUUAAUAAUGAGACACUGAAAGCAGGAAAGAACAUCAUUGGACUUCAGAUGGGGACAAAUAAAUUUGCCAGCCAGCAGGGUAUGACAGCCUACGGUACCAGACGGCAUCUGUAUGAUUCUAAAACCGGAGUGGAGAAGCCUCUUGACCAGACAACCAUUAGCCUCCAAAUGGGAACCAACAAAGGAGCAUCACAGGCUGGAAUGACAGCACCGGGGACACGGAGACACAUUGUUGACAGCAAGAUGGGCACUGAAAAAUUCGACUCCAGUAUCGUGUCACUACAGAUGGGAACAAAUCAGGGGGCCUCACAGAAAGGAAUGACUGUGUAUGGGCUAAGCCGGCAGGUAUUUGACGCAAAGUACUGCUCCCCUUCCAACUUCCCCAACGAAGACGGCAUCCAGUUGGCCAGCGACUCAGAAUACAGCGAGUGCGAAUACCCAGACUACAAACAAAUCCAGUCCACGGAUGGCAAUCGCCCAAGGCAAAUCUAUCAGGACUUUGAGUAAGAACGCAGCGAUACUGCUUAAUGGACUGACUUGUGCAAAUGUGCAUUGCAGCCUUAUGUAUCCCUUCACUACAAUGCUCUAUGCUCAGUGAAAGCCUCCCCCCAUCUAUACCCAUGUGUUAACCCUGGCCACUGCUACACAGAACACUUCCCUGCCAAUGCACACUGCUGCAGAAACCCAUGGCCAGCACCAAUACCAAAAAUGAAUAGGCAGACACCCCAUUUUGCUAUCCACCCGAGCCAGUGACGGGCCGGCCAAUGAACAUGAAAUUAUGGGAGAAAGCAAGAAAAUGCAAUCAUUGGCAAAAGGCUAUGCAAUGAUUGGGUUAGAUCUGGUUUAAAGAGCUUAAACAUAUCAGGUGUUGUAGAACAAUCCCAAAUCUUCAAUCACAUACUCAGAAUGAGUUUGAGUGUUAUUAUCAGACUGAUAUAUUUUGUACAGGACUGGAUUUCCAAUUCCAAUAUAUACCAGAGGGUAAUUUAGCGAUUCAACAUUCAUUCCCACCCUCUCCACCUGAACCAUCGGUUAUUCUAACAUUGCCAUGUUGUAUGAUUAACAGUAUGGAUACUGGUGGAUUUAAAUAUACAAUUACAACUCUUGUAAAAGAUGGAGCCCGGUGUCACUGGGAAUGUGGGCUGUUUCAUUAAGCCAACUUUGAUAACGUUGAGUUUCCAUCAUAGUAUAAUGUUUAUGCUGCUAAACAAGCACUGAGAAAACCAUCACUAAGGGUUAAACCAUCUUAACCAACUCAGCACUAAUCCAGUAACCACAGAAAAAGCAGGAAACGAUAUAUGGACUUUAGAAGCGCCUAGAUUAGUUUCUUGAUUUAGAGAAGCUUUUUUUUUUAUUUUUUUAAAGCAAUGCAUCAACUAUCUAUAUCCAGCAUAACUAACAGUUGGAGAUCCAGAAUUUAAUCUGCUCCAAAACACUUGCCUUUUCAAUCUCGAACCCUCCCCCCCAGAUUUAGACAAACAUCAGAGUUGAACUUUGCAAGAACAGCAAAGGCUGAGAUCAGGCUUUAUUGGAACUUUAGCCGGCUUACUCUUUGUACAGAAGCACAUCCAACCAAAGGACAUGUGAUCAACCUUACACAGGUGAACAGAGGUUAAUAUUUAUAUUCAAUAAAACUGUGACAGCGUCAACUGUAACAUGGGCAACUAUUUUCUUACUUUGUUCAUUGUGAAGAUGCAAAAAUGUAGCAGACCAAGGCCUGAAAUCAGAUUCAGCCAAGGAGCACAUAUUUCAUAAAAUACUCCUAUUAGCUUAAAACAAUCUAUAACCAAGUCUCUCAGGCUGAGCUUCAGCUGUGCCCUGCCUCCCUGCACAGACCUAACACUGGGCACAAGUUUUGGUAUCAAUUCCCCAGUUUAAUGUCCACCUGGCUGCCACUGCAGAAUAAGUCAAUGGGUAAUGAAAGAGUGGUAAACAAAACUACACCAGUGUUUAACCAAUCAUAUCUGGAAACCUUCAGGUGCUAUCAAUUCUUUGUUUGAUGUUCAGGCAUGUGAUAGUUUGACAGCAGUGAUUGAACUGUUAAUCUCCUGUGACUAAUUAAAAGUCCUUUUACUGCAGUAAACUGAAUGUGAAAUGUCUGUUGUUGUUCUACACUAGAGUGCAUCAAGCGUAAUGAAUCCAAAGCAUACACUAUUUAAUAAAUCCAUAGCAUACCACAUCACUCAGUGUUGGUUAAUAAAUUCUGAGUGUACAUUUUAAAUUUGACAUUGGAGCAACCUGGUAUAAUUUAUUUUACAAAACACUUCGGGACCGCUCCACAAAAGGCUGAAUUGUGCACAGCAUCCAAAGUGUUACACAAAGGCUCCCGACUAACAUACGUCUUGCAAUCCCACUUUGCAUACACACGUCAUACAGGUAUGUCACCCGAACGGACAAGAGUGAACAAGGAAAAUGGAGGAGGAAAGAAAGGAAGAAGGAGCCGAGAGAUAGGAGGACUAAGAAAGGAGGGAUAAGAGUGAUAGAGAGGGAAGCAGAAUGGACCAAAAAGAGCUGAUCAGGAUGCAAGUUGGGGGCAAGGAAAAGAAAGAACAGUUGUGCAUUUAUGUAUCCACGAAAUGUUCCACAUUUGGAUGUCCAUCACGUUGGACCAAGACCUCACUCUGUCAAGAUCUGUGGCAGCUAGUAGGCAAUGACCACCCGACAUCAAGAUUAACAGACAUCUUUCAUACCUUAAAACAAAAAUGGAACCAAGUCAUCCUCACCCCAAGAAGAUAGAAUCUGAAUAGCAACCAACCAUUCCCAUUUUGGAAGGGCAAUGAUAACCUAUUAAAAUGAAAGAGCACACAAAGUGAAUGGAAGAAUUCUAAACUUUUAAUAACACCCUGAAACCAUCCAAAGUAUUACAGAAAAUUCCACAUUAACUAUUAUUUACAGUCAGCAAAAAAAAAAGCACUGCCAAGUAAAACACACAGUACUUGAGGCAAAACUAUUGGUUUGCUGCUUCACAGGCAUCGAUCCAA